ACGAAGCAUGCUGGGAAUAGUAGUUCCAUUGUAUAUCUUCUGCUUUCUUAGCCUCAGGUUAGGGCGAGUUUCAAAACACCUGUCCUUCACUAGGGAAGCAGUUCCUUCUUUUUAAAGAAAUCCACAUUCUUUGCCACUCCUUUUCAGCGUGCAAGCAAUGCACUAACUUCCGAGGAGCAGCUAACCAGGAACUUGUGGACAAAGCAUGCUAGAGCUUUAAGAUCUUCAUCUGAGUUAACAGUGGAAGCCUUUCAUCUUCUAACCAAAUAGACGUCUCCUCUUUUGAUCUGUCUACCAGUCAAUUACAGAAGUCAAAGAAAAUGGGUCUUCUGGAUGUUUGGAGAUUUAGCUUUGUAGAAAUGAGUAGUACAGCCACCACAGCGACCUUCAUCAUGAUCCUCUUGAUUCUACUGUGUUGGUACUCGACCUCUGCAUUUUCCAAGCUAGAGAAGGUGGGCAUUCGUCAUCCUCCGCCUCUGCCUUUCAUUGGAAACCUGCUAUUCUUUCGUGAGGGCUAUUGGGAAAACCACAACAAAUUGAUAAAUGACUAUGGACCUGCCUGUGGGUACUACAUUGGUCGUCGGGCAUUUAUGGUGGUUUCCGAGCCAGAUAUGAUUGAGCGUAUCUUAGUGGAAGACUUCAGAAACUUUACGAACAGAAUGACUCCAGCCGUAACAUCUAAGCCGCUUGCAGACAGCAUUCUCACCCUGCGCGACGAGAGAUGGAAAGAGGUUCGAAGCCUAUUGACCCCAGCCUUCAGUGCUACCAAGAUGAAAGAGAUGACUCCACUAAUCAACCAGGCAUGCGACACCCUGCUGAGUCACUUAAAGGCCUAUGCAGAUUCUGGAGCCGCUUUUGACAUCCAAAGGAAUUAUUCCUCCUUCACCCUGGAUGUUGUCGCUAGUUUGGCCUUUGGUAUUGAUGUGGAUUCCCAGAAGAACUCUAGUGACAGCUUUGUUCAGAACAGCAGAAGGUUUUUUGAACGUUCAAUGUUUAAACCCCUCUUAAUUCUAACCAUCAUGUUUCCGUUCAUAAUGAUUCCCCUGAUUCGGAUUUUUCCAAACAAGAAGCAAAAUGAGGUGAAUGGAUUUUUUAUCAGUGCCAUUAAGAGUAUGAUUGCCUCGAGAGACCAGCAAGAUGCAAACGAGAGACGUAGGGACUUCCUCCAGCUGAUGCUUGAUGCCCGGCACCCUGCCAGUGACACCAGCAUGGAACAUUUUUACACUGUCAGCCAAGUUCUGGAGGAAAGCAAGACAGCUGCUAACAAAGGACUUCUGAAGAAGCAGCUCAAAGCGUUGAGUAAUGACGAGAUAGCCGGUCAGGCCUUCUUGUUCCUGAUUGCUGGUUACGAAACCACCAACAGCACCCUCUCUUUUGCCACGUACCUGCUAGCCACGAAUCCUGAGUGCCAGGAGAAGCUGCUCCGUGAGGUCGAUGAAUUCUUCGCAAAGCACGAUGUUCCUGACUACCAAAACAUCCAUGAACUCAUCUACCUGGAUAUGGUGAUAGCAGAGACUCUACGCAUGUAUCCACCCGCAUUCAGGUUCACCCGUGAAGCAUCAAAAGACUGCGUUAUUUUGAAACAACAUGUACCUGCUGGUUUUAUAGUAGAAAUUGCUGCUGGGCACCUCCAUUACAAUCCAAAGAUCUGGCCAGAACCUGAGAAGUUUAUUCCUGAGAGGUUUACAGCAGAGGCCAAGCGGCAGCGCCACCCCUUCUCCUAUCUCCCUUUUGGGGCAGGUCCUCGGGGCUGCAUCGGGGUGAAGCUGGCUUUGAAGGAGAUCAAGAUAACAUUGCUAAGAAUGUUGCAGAAGUUCAGGUUUCAAACUUGCCCUGAGACUCAGAUUCCUUUGCAGCUGAAAUCUCAAGCUACCCUAGGACCAAAGAACGGAGUCUACAUUAAGAUAACUUCUCGAUAGAGCAGAAUCUGACUUGUAUGCAUCUUCCAAGGAGAUGUCAGCUUGCUGGGUGAUACAUUGCCUCUGUAUUUUGAAACUACAUUGGAACAGCCUUUUCUUUUCCAUCUGCCUCAAUAAGAAGCAAAAGUGUCUUAAACGAUAGUUAGACAAGUAUGUUGGAAUGUACCAUUUCAAAAAAUCUAGGGAGGUUAGCUUCAAGAUGGAUGCGUCUGACUUUGGGGGAGCUGGCAGGCAAGGAAUCUGUGUUUCAUUCUAAACCAGUGGUUCUCAACCUGUGGGUCAGGACCCCUUUGGGGGUCGAAUGACCCUUUCACAGGGGUUGCCUAAGACUCUGUGCAUCAGUGUUCUCCAUCUGUAAAAUGGAUAAAUGUUAGGGUUGGGGGUCACCACAACAUGAGGAACUGUAUUAAAGGGUCGCGGCAUUAGGAAGGUUGAGAACCACUGUUCUAAACCCUGUCACUGACUUUGCAAAGGAAUGCAUGGAGACUGUAAUUCUUUUUCCACUUUUAAUGGAAUUAGAGGUUGGACAUGACCAAGUAGUUUUUGAGAGCACUUAUCCUUUGAACCUUUGUAGCCUCUGAUUUGUUCUUUGGCAGCUACAUCACCUCAUUUGCUAUCAGAGUCACAGCAUUUCAUGCCUUAUUGCUAAAUAAACAGUUUUGGAUCACUGUAAAGAUACACAUUCUGCAAAAAAUAUUAACUGUUCAAUGGAGACAGUUUCAGUUAGAUCAGUGAGAACUAUCCAUCUUGACUUUUAGUGAGAAAGGUAGACUAUGUAUAAAGCAAAUAAAAAAUAAAAUAUAUCUGAAUAAAUGUGA